ACUGCCGAUAUCUCGCGCAAGCGCAUUCCCUUCGCUUCCGCCCUUCUUCCCUGGUCCCUGAACUCCGUUGGAGUUGGGAGGGUCUCGGUGGCUGCGGAGCCCGUGACAGUGAAGGGGGAAAGCGAUGGCCAUGGCGAUGUCGGACAGCGGGGCGAGUCGCCUGCGGCGGCAGCUGGAAUCGAGCGGCUUUGAGGCGAGACUGUACGUGAAGCAGCUAUCGCAGCAGUCGGACGGAGACCGGGAUUUGCAGGAACACCGACAGCGGAUCCAGGCACUGGCCGAGGAGACGGCGCAGAACCUGAAGCGGAACGUGUACCAGAACUACCGGCAGUUCAUCGAGACCGCGCGAGAGAUCUCCUACCUGGAGAGUGAGAUGUACCAGCUCAGCCACCUUCUCACCGAACAGAAGAGCAGCCUUGAGAGCAUCCCGCUCACCCUGCUCCCCGCCGCUGCCGCUGCUGCUGCGGGUGCCGCCGCCGCCGCCGGGGCCGACGAGGGAGGCGGCGGCUGCCCGGGAGGCCGAGACCACCUUCGAGGCCCGGCCGGCUUCUUCCCGGGCCACGGGGGCGCCGCCCGGGACAACCAGAGUGCGGGGGAAGAAGGCAAGCAGCGGACGCUGACUACCUUGCUGGAGAAAGUGGAGGGCUGCAGGCACCUGCUGGAGACUCCUGGGCAGUACCUGGUCUACAACGGAGACCUGGUAGAGUAUGAGGCGGACCACAUGGCUCAGCUGCAACGGGUGCACGGUUUUCUCAUGAACGACUGUCUGCUGGUGGCCACCUGGCUGCCCCAGCGAAGAGGGAUGUACCGCUACAAUGCCCUCUAUCCCCUGGACAGAUUGGCAGUGGUGAAUGUCAAGGAUAACCCGCCCAUGAAGGACAUGUUCAAGCUCCUGAUGUUCCCUGAGAGCCGAAUCUUUCAGGCAGAGAAUGCCAAGAUCAAAAGGGAGUGGCUGGAAGUGCUAGAAGAAACCAAAAGGGCCCUUAGUGAAAAAAGACGCAGGGAGCAGGAGGAGGCAGCAGCUCCACGGGGCCCACCCCAUGUUUCUUCGCAGACCACAAAUCCAUUUGAGGAUGAAGAAGAAGAGGAAGAACCUACUACUCCUGAAGUUGAGGAAAAAGUGGAUUUAUCAAUGGAAUGGAUCCAGGAGUUGCCCGAGGACCUGGAUGUCUGUAUUGCUCAGAGGGACUUUGAAGGGGCAGUGGAUCUGUUGGAUAAGUUAAACCAUUAUCUGGAGGGCAAGCCAUGCCCCACUCCUGUAAAGGAGCUGAGGGCCAAAGUGGAUGAACGAGUCAGGCAACUCACUGAAGUGCUGGUCUUUGAACUUUCCCCUGAUCGGUCUCUAAGGGGUGGUCCUAAGGCCACUCGAAGGGCAGUUUCUCAGUUAAUACGACUUGGUCAGUGCACCAAGGCUUGUGAGCUGUUUUUGAGAAAUAGGGCAGCAGCUGUGCACACUGCAAUUCGGCAGCUUCGAAUUGAAGGUGCCACUUUACUCUAUAUUCAUAAGUUAUGCCAUGUCUUUUUCACCAGCCUUCUUGAGACUGCCAGGGAGUUUGAGACCGAUUUUGCAAGCUCAAACAGUGGUUGUUACUCUGCCUUUAUUGUUUGGGCCCGGUCAGCCAUGGGCAUGUUUGUGGAUGCUUUUAGCAAGCAGGUGUUUGACAGCAAAGAGAGCCUGUCUACAGCAGCCGAGUGUGUAAAAGUGGCUAAGGAACAUUGCCAGCAGUUGGGUGAUAUUGGGUUGGACCUUACUUUCAUCAUCCAUGCUCUCUUGGUAAAGGAUAUCCAAGGAGCUUUGCACAGUUAUAAAGAAAUAAUAAUUGAGGCCACUAAGCACCGUAACUCUGAGGAAAUGUGGAGGAAGAUGAACUUGAUGACUCCAGAGGCACUGGGGAAACUCAAAGAAGAGAUGAAAAGCUGUGGGGUGAGCAAUUUUGAACAGUACACAGGGGAUGACUGCUGGGUGAACCUAAGCUACACAGUAGUGGCCUUCACUAAACAGACUAUGGGCUUCUUGGAAGAAGCUCUGAAGCUGUAUUUUCCAGAGCUGCAUAUGGUGCUUUUAGAAAGUCUGGUAGAAAUAAUUUUGGUUGCAGUUCAACAUGUGGAUUACAGCCUCAGAUGUGAACAGGACCCAGAAAAGAAAGCUUUUAUCAGACAAAAUGCAUCCUUUCUAUAUGAAACAGUCCUCCCUGUGGUGGAGAAAAGGUUUGAACAAGGUGUAGGGAAACCUGCCAAGCAACUCCAAGACUUGAGGAAUGCAUCUAGACUUAUUCGAGUAAAUCCUGAAAGUACAACAUCAGUGGUCUAAUACAUAGCACUUGUAUUUUUUCCCCAGAGAGGUCUGUUAAUCUAUAUACAGCAUUACUAGUAUAUUAUUUAUAUAACAUUAAAAUCUUCUUUAUAUCCUUGAACAUAGUUUAAAAAAUAAAAAUGAAAAAGGACAUUUCUUAGAGAUCAAGAUCAGAAUGUGAAGGAGAAAGAAAAAAAUGGUUAAAAUUUAUAAAGGUGCAAAACCCUUAAUAUCAUUUGAACUCAUUAAUAUAUUCUUUAAUUAUCCCAAUUCCUUAUAGAUUGUUGGACAUGCCACAGUACUAUACUUCAUGAUCUAUAGGCCAGAUUACACUUAUUGUAUUAUUAAUAGUGUGUAUUUAUGCAGCGCCAAGAAUUAUCACCUCUGUAAUUACAUGCAAAUCAAACAGGUGAACUCUUUAUUUCCAAGUUCUGUAGGUCACUGGAUUACCAGAAGAAUUUUCUGUGUAUUUUCAAAGGUAUAGUGCCAUAUAAAACAACUCUUAACCUAAUAUUCUUCCCUUUUAAAAAAAAAUGUGAUUUAGUUAUGUGCAUAGAAUAAAAAAUAUUAGCAGACAAAAAUGUUCAAGAAGACAGUAUAGUUUGUUGAAACUGAGAAUAUGCCAAUACUAGUAUAUUAGAAAAAAAAGCAUUAAUAAAAAUAAAUGGUGCAGUUAAUUUUGCUGGCGCAAUUUGAAUAAACUUAAUUGCAUUUAUCUGGUUACUAUAUUUCAAAAAUAUGCUUCGGAAACAAUGCUUGAAAAAUCAAAGUGCUAUGACAGUCAUUUGCUUGUUAUUCUUGAAUUUUAUGAUUUUCAUUUCCUUUUCUUUGUUAUAUGUAACAGUGUGAGGAAUAUUUAACACCAUUAAUCUGCUUGAGAGUUCCAUUUUUGGAUUAUACACCGUCUCAGACUGCAGGUGGGAGAAAAAUCUUCAUUAAAAUGUGUCUUUUAGAUUCUGAUCUCUUAACAAAGAAUCUGAAGAAUUAUUAGAAUGUUAUUUCCCAAACACAAAUAUAUUCUGCCACAUUUAUUAGUAUUGAUUUCAAGAGUUGCAUUUGAGUGUUGUAGAAACCACUGAUAAGUCUUAUUCUUGGCUCAUCUUUAAAAAUGAAUGUAAUGCUUCAACCUAAUUAAAUACCAAGUGCUUUAAAGAGUCUUGGACUUCCCAAGACUAUUUUGACUUACUGUUUCAGCUAUCUAAUGGAUAGUUAAUUUUACUCUGCCUCAUUUUGUACCACUAUACCAUGAUUGCAUAGGAAAAAGAAAGGGGCCACACAGGACCUAAGGCCAUUUUAAAAGUUUUUCUUUGAUUCAUGAGUUUCUAUGGCCAAAUGAUCUAUCAUCUUGUAACCAGCAUUCUGCCCUAAUACAGCAGACUUUGACUGUCUUGGGGAUUAAACCUGAGUGAAACUUCCAAAGUAUAUGCUUUGUUGGCUUAGCUUUUGAGAACCCAGGAUUCUUGAUGCCAUGAUGAGGUAGUAUUGGAGUACUGCAGCAUAUUCUUUCCUUGGCUCCCAGUUGUGACUUCUGUCACAGAUGCCAUUUUCUAUGGUAUCUUUUCUGUUACAUAAAAAUUAGCAUCAUCUGAAAAUUGUAUGUAAUUAUAAAUGGAUUCCCAACAGUGAAAGCUCCAUGACCUAAUUACCAAUACAAUGAAGUAGGCAACUGUUUUUAAAACAUCUAAAGGUACCAGAAUUCCAGAUUUAUUUGGCUAGUUUUCUUAGAAAACCUCAGAGUUAUCUUGAUGGGAAGAAACUCAGACAUACCAGGUGGGCAGAAAUAAGAACGUAUCUUAAUUGAUGCUAUUGAAAAAUUCAGUUUCAUAAAGUUGGGGGGACAGUAUUAGAAUUUUGACGUGCCAUGUAAUGUCUUUAACAUCUUAUGGAAUCAAACAGUUUGUAAAUAUAUAAUGUAGGAUAUUUGAAGUGAUGCUGGCAAAAUUAAGGAGUUUUUUAAAAUGGAAAAAUAAGGCAUUAAGUAAUGAAAAUUUAAGAAAUGCACAUACUUUAUUAAUGCUUGCUUUGAAUAGACAGCUUUUUUAAAAACUAGAGUCAUUGGGAAUUUUCUGUGCUAUGUGCUGCUUUACCAUAGUUGUAAUUGAUAGAAAUAUGUUUUUUUGUGGGUCAUCUAAAGUAGGGAGGAUUAAAGCUCAUCAAAGUCAGGGUGGCCCUUGUGCCAAAUUGGAAAGAUUUGUGUAGCAUUGUUGAAAGUGGAUUAAAAUUAGAUUCCAGAGUGGUGAACUGAUUUUUCCUUUUCUGUUAAGUUCCAAAGCAGGCUUUAAAACUGAAUGUAGCUUGGAAUUACCUUGAAAUGGAAUAUAGAUUGUAAUAUUCAGCUUGAGUUGAUUAUCUUUCCUGCUUCUAUCCAGGAGUAAAGAAUCACAGAUGAUUUCAAUAAUUGCUCUUCAGAAAAAGCUCUGUGAACUCAGGCUUGUACUUGUUAAAAGCCCCAUCCUCAUAACUUCUGCCAGCUGAAACCCAUUUUUGCUUAAAAUACUAUGAAAGUUCAUCUAGGCAGUAUUGGCAUUUUAUAAUUGAAAAUUUGGGGCAUAAAUGAUAGGUGUUGUAUAAAGUGAAUACACAUUUUACAUGUUGGCAUUGCUGUGGUGUGAAUGGGCAUAAUUUGAAACUUAAAAAAUAAUAAAACCUCAAAGUUUCUUACACUGGACAAAA